GCCCGUUGACUCGCUGCUCCUCACAGCUGCCAUGACGGGUGCUGGUUGGCUGCGGCGGCUGUGGGCGCUGAAGCGGCGGCAGGUGCUCCUGGGAGGUCCGGGGCUCGGAGCGUCGGUCCGUGGCCGCUGCAUUGGGGACUCUGCCGUGCCCAGGCUGGUCGAAGAGGGGCUGCGGCCGCGGCUGGACAAGUUUGGUGGCCUCAGCCUGCAGUUGGCUCAGCUGCGAUCUCCCGACAGCCUGGACUGUGCCACCUUCCGGAACUGGCUACGGGAUUCUAUCAAGCAAUGGAAAGCAGAAGGUCACAAAGCAAUCUGGCUACAUGUUCCUAUACUCCAGAGCAGAUUUAUAGCAGUUGCUGCAGAGCAAGGCUUUACCUUCCACCAUGCAGAAUCAGACUCUGCUACCCUGACCCUAUGGCUAGGAGAAGGAUUCAACAAGCUGCCUCAUUAUGCUACUCAUCAAUUGGGCGUUGCAGGUGCCGUGUUAGAUGUCAAUGCUGGAAAAGUAUUAGUGGUACAAGACCAAAACAAAACUACAAAUGUAUGGAAAUUUCCGGGAGGACUGUCCGAACCAGGUGAAGACAUAGGAAACACAGCCAUUCGAGAAGUUUUUGAAGAGACUGGCAUAAAGGCAGAAUUCAAGUCCCUUCUAUGUAUAAGGCAGCAACACAGACACCCUGGAGCCUUUGGGAAGUCCGAUAUGUAUAUCAUCUGCCGCCUGAAGCCUUCCUCUUUCAACAUCAGUUUCUGCCAGCAGGAAUGCCUGAGGUGUGAAUGGAUGGACCUAGCUGAACUUGCCAAGGCAAAAGACACCACUCCAAUCACCGCCAAUGUAGCCAGACUACUUCUCUAUGGCUACAAGGAAGGGUUUGAUAAAAUUGAUUUAACCAUGAGGGAAUUUCCAGCCAUAUACACUGGCCUUUUCUAUAAACUGUACCAUAAAGAGCUACCAGAGGAUUACAGAAAUAUCACUGACGUAUAAUGAAUCAGGCAUGGGUUGUAAAUCAAAGAACACUUUUACUAACAUUUUGGUGGAUUUUACUCAAAAUAAAAGGGAUUGCAAAUUUUUAAUUCUAAAAGGAUAAUAUAUAUUAUUGCAUUUAAACUGCUAAAGAUUUCUGUAAAACUGCACAUUUUAAAUUCUUUAACACUGAAUGGUCAAACCUAUUUUGUAACGUUCUAGGAUUCUCAAGUAGAAAACAAGAAUAAUAUUGAUUUGGUAGUAAAUGUGUAUGGAUGCUUCAUCUUAUCACAUUCUUUCACAAAUGCAUACAUGUGCUAAAAGGCACAAUGGCUCCUGGAAAUGAAGUAAUUUGAAAGCUGCAAUACACAGUUCUACAUAGUAAUAAUCAGAUACCAGUCAGUAAGUGAAGUUAAUCCUGACAAAUAUUUGGUCACAUUUUUGUCUUGUGAGAAGGGGGAGGUCUACCAUUGCUGCAGCAUAUCUUGUAGACUCUCUCACUGUAAUCAGCAUUUGGCAGACAUGGGAAGGAAAAGGAUAGCUUUCUGGCCUCGUCCAGUCUUUGGUCCAGGUUUGUACUGGCCAGUUCGUUUCAGUGCAACAUACCAAUCACGGUAUUUCCGAGAACGAUACGUGUUGUAAUUAUUGGAUUCCAAGCAUUCAAAAAAGAAGCAUUCAUCUGUUACAUAUUUCUGAAAAUGAAGGAAGAUGAAGUCAUAGGUUUUUUCCCCAGUCAUAAUUAGAUUCUCUUGACUAAUUAAAAAUUGUCUGAUGAUUCCUCCCACUUAGCAAAAUAACUGACUUUAUAUUAAACCCGCAUAAUAUAAAUACUGUAAACGCAUAAGUAAUCUCAAAUAGAAGUAGGAUAUUUAAUAUGGCAGCUUCAUGUUAUAACAAAUCCUCUACUUAAAUGUAACGUGACCAGUAAUUCUGUGCUUUAAAUAUUUUAAUAACCAAACUAUCAUCAUUGCACUUGCCACAAUUUUUGAUUAAAUUGUUUAUUAACAUUUUCAUCUGGUACAAGCAAGUUUCAUACCUAACCAUAGUUUGUAUGAACGAAUCUGGGGCUUCUUGGGUUUGCAUGGAUCUUUUCCUCACAGCUUGCUUUCACAGCUAACCACAGGUUAUUAUUUUAGAACCACAAACCAUAGUAUGCUCUCUUGCUAACACACCACGGGAAUAGAAUUUGGAGUUGGAGAAAAGGGACCAAGCCAUAGUUAGUGGUUCAAUCUUAAUGACAAACUGGUUUCCCACAAAAGUGGAAGUCUCUAAUUAUCAAGCCAUAUAUAAGGAGAGGAGAAAGUGGGACAGGGUAUCUCAGUCCAAGGAUCGCCCAGCUUGCUACUACAGUUUGUCAGCUAGAAUGGUGCAGUGGUUAAGAGUGACGAACUCUAAUCUGAAUGGAGAACUGGGUCUGAUUCCCCACUCUUCCACAUGAAGUCUGCUGGGUGACCUUGGGCUAGUCACAGUUCUCUAAAAACUCUCAGCCCCACCUACUUCACUAGUUCCUGCUGAAAGGAGAGAAAAGGAAUGUGAUUAUAAACCACUCUGAGACUCUUUGUGGUAGAGAAAAGUGGGAUCUAAAAAGGCUUCUCUUCAUCAUGUAUGAACAAUUUCAGCAAGUAUGUACAUCUAUACACUCAUACAUAUGUACAUUAAAUUAAAGUAUUCAAUGCCAAGAAAAAGCACCAAGAUUAGACUUCUUGGUGACUGUUCCACAGUAGUGAAGUCACCUUUCCUGUAUCCAAUUUUUAUAGGACCUUAAAAGCGUUUAUUUAUAAAUGUUAGCAUAUUCUUACCAGUGCAAGCAAUCUGCCAUCUUCAUUCAUAGCAAGGAAACGAUUUGCGCAGACACCUUUGAUUGACACAACACCUCUUUCUUCUGCCUGAAGCAGCAAUUUGACUAGACAGAAAGAAAGAAAACACCAAUUUGUCAUGCAACUUCCAUGUUUUACCAAGUGAAAGUUGUUUCUCAAAUCACUUAAAAUUGAAGCAGACACAUACAAAGUCUUUAAUUUUUAUAAACAAAUGUACUAUGAAGGGGAAAUGAAUAGGUUGUACAAUAAACAAAACAGUUAUUCUCUAA